GACUUUUCAAAAUGGAGGAAACGAAAAUACCGUGGAGGGGAACAAAAGUACAACAUUUAAACGUAUUUUCAAGCAUCGCAGUCGACGAAGUCAUGAAAUGAACGAGGACUUUACUGCGUUUAUCGAGUCUCGGCUUGAAGAAGUUAUGAAGCAAAGAUGAGUGCGCCGAUCGGUGAUAAGAUUGAGGACUUCAAAGUUCUCAACUUGCUCGGUAAGGGAUCCUUCGCGUGCGUUUACAGAGCAAAAUCUGUAAACACAGGCUUGGAAGUGGCGAUAAAAAUGAUUGAUAAAAAGGCCAUGCACAAAGCUGGCAUGGUUCAGCGUGUCAUUAACGAGGUGGAGAUCCAGUGUCGGUUAAAACACCCGUCCAUACUGGAGCUGUACAAUUACUUUGAGGACAGUAAUUAUGUGUACCUGGUUCUUGAGAUGUGCCAUAAUGGAGAAAUGAGCCGUUUUCUGAAAGACAGGAAGAAACCUUUCAUCGAAGAAGAAGUGAGACACUUCAUGCACCAAAUUGUGAAGGGCAUGUUGUAUCUUCACACCCAUGGCAUUAUGCACAGAGACCUGACCCUGUCCAACCUGCUGCUCACCAACAGUAUGAACAUUAAGAUUGCAGACUUUGGCCUGGCCACGCAGCUCAGGCUGCCCAGUGAGAAGCACUUCACCAUGUGCGGCACGCCCAACUACAUCUCUCCUGAGGUGGCCACGCGUAGCGCCCAUGGCCUGGAGUCUGAUGUCUGGUCUCUGGGCUGCAUGUUUUAUGCCUUCCUGACAGGCAGGCCUCCCUUUGACACAGAGACGGUCAAGCACACCCUGAGCAAAGUGGUCAUGGGAGAGUAUCAGAUGCCCGCUCACGUGUCGCCUGAGGCGCAGGACUUGAUACGGCAGCUGUUGCAAAAGAACCCUGCCCUCAGGCCGAGCCUGUCUGCAGUGCUGGACCACCCCUUCAUGACUCAAAAUGGACCCACCAUGAGCAAAGACUCUGGGCCUAGUGAUGGGGGCUCCAUAGAUAGUGGAAUAGCAACGAUAUCAACAGCAUCUAACAUCACCACCAAUAGCAGCAGUACCCGGCUCCAGAGGAAAACCAGGCAGGUGAUUGGCCAGGCCUUACCCAACCGCAUGGUGCCACUGCCCAGCCAAUCGCAGCACUCUGCCAGCUCUAGCUUUAUGGCUGGAGAGCCGAAUCCGCCACGCGUUGAUGCCGACAGCGGAAGGCCACAUUCCCGCUACCUGAGGCGGGCGCACUCUUCUGAUCGGUCUGGUGCUAGAUGGAGCCACACCAGACAGGAGCUGGAACUGGAGAGAUGCCACUCGGAAGAGGUGCUUCCAGGAUCUGGCCACAUUUUCCCAUCAGCUUCCGGUUACCAGGAUGCUCCACGUGGUUCCACUGAGAAUGGGAGACUACCCUCCCCUCCUGUCAAGCAGCCUGCAAACUAUGACUCAUCCUUCCCCACUCCUGUGUAUCCUGUCAGAUCACACAUGGCAGAACCUGAAACAAAGCCGUGGUUCAGCACUGAUGGGUCUUUCAAGAGGCCUGCAGAUGUGAGCACCCACAGCAGUAGUGGGAGUUUCCAUUCUGGGCAUGAGGCGCUGGGGCCCCUGCCUUCCUGCAGUGACAGGCUGACGGUGAGGGGAACCAGUGGAGUCCCUGUCCAUCCUUACCACCUCCAGAACAACCCAGGAGCCUGCGAGGACAUGGGGCCCGGAGCAGGCCGCUUCCCUGUGGCUCGGGGACGCCUUGAUGUGCAGCCCGCUCCUGCAUCCAGGAGCAAAGCUUAUGAGGGGAAGGAGAAGAAUCCGUUUCCUCCUCUCUGCGCUGUGCGAUUGAAGCCCAUUAGGCAGAAGACCAAAAACGCAGUGGUUAGCAUCCUGGACACAGGAGAAGUGUGUAUGGAGCUUCUGAAGGGUCAGGGAGCUCAGGAGAAGGUCAGAGAAGUACUGCGGAUAUCAUGUGAUGGCUCAAUGGUGACCGUAUACCAACCCAAUGAGGGUAAAGGGUUUCCUCUGUUGGAUCAUCCACCCUCUCUGCCAGAAGACAUUUUUAUAUGCGGUUAUGAAGAUUUGCCAGAGAAAUACUGGAAGAAGUAUCAGUAUGCCACCAAGUUUGUCCAGCUGGUGAAGUCCAAGACUCCCAAAGUAACCCUGUAUACCAACUUUGCCAAGUGCAUGCUGAUGGAGAACUCUCCUGAUGCAGACGUAGAAGUGUGUUUCUAUGAUGGUGCAAAAACCCACAAGUCGAGUGACCAGAUGAGGAUAGUGGAGAAGAGUGGCAAGUCGUACACGGUGAAGGGGGACGUCGGACUGGGCGGUCUGAGCCCCGAGUGCAGACUCUACAUGCAGCUUUCUGAUGAGGGGCACAGGAUGUGUGUGUCUUUGGAGGCUGUCGUCAGUGCUGAGGAGCAGCGCAGUGCUGGCCAUACGCCGUUCUUUCCUAUCACUGUUGGCAGGAGGCCAGCUAACCCCACCUCCCCGUUCCCUGUGGCCCAGCCUGCCUCUGUUCUGGCUCCUGUUGCCCCUGCUGAGGUAGCUCAGGUGUGCCUGAGUCCAUCCCAGGCACCCCACAUCACCCCAUCUAUGAUUUCAUACAGUGGGUCUGAUUUUACCACGGCCAGUUUGGCCAAAGGCAGCUCUCCGCAAUCAGCCAAAGAAGGAUGCAGCCUCAGUGCAGGAAAAAUCCUCAAGUCCAUCUUUGUACCACACAUUGGCUGGGCCUCUCAGCUAACGAGCGGAGAAGUUUGGGUUCAGUUUAAUGAUGGGUCCCAGCUUAUGGUCCAGGCAGGGGUCUCCUGCAUCACGUUUACCUCGCCUGAAGGACACAUCACCAGGUAUAAGGAGAAUGAGAAGUUGCCAGAGUUAGUCAAGCAGAAGCUGCAUUGCCUCUCCUCCAUCCUGAGCCUUUUGGCCAGCCCUGCUGCACGACGCUGAGCAACACACACAAGAUGGGACAUGCUGUGCUCACAUGACACAGUCAAAAGCACUUUUUUAAAAAA